AGAAAGGUUGUCACAUGUAAGAAGUGUGUUGAAGUGUAAAUCUAAAGUGAAAAAGUGUGUCUCAGCCUAAUUUUUUCCGAGAAAAAUCUGUCUUCAUCUUCUUCUUCGUCUCCACUGAAACGCGGCGUGAGAACAAGUUUCCGCGGAUCUGAAUCAUCAUUUUGUCUGGAAUUCGAAGGAAGGAACAACCAUGGGUUUGGUCGGAGAAACAGUAGACUCAAUCAAAUCAAUAAAGAUCCGUCAGCUUCUCACUCAGGCCGUCACGCUCGGUAUGAUCGUGACGUCAGCGUUGAUAAUAUGGAAGGCGUUGAUGUGUGUGACUGGCACUGAGUCUCCAGUAGUUGUUGUUCUCUCUGGAAGCAUGGAACCUGGCUUCAAGAGAGGGGAUAUAUUGUUCUUGACCAUGACCAAAGAUCCCAUUAGAACAGGCGAGAUUGUUGUUUUCAAUGUUGAUGGUCGUGACAUUCCCAUCGUCCAUCGUGCCAUCAAAGUUCAUGAGAGGGAAAACACUGGACAUGUUGAUGUUCUAACAAAAGGUGACAACAAUGACGUGGAUGACAUUGGUCUCUAUGCUGAUGGGCAGUUUUGGCUUCACAGGCACCAUAUAAUGGGCAGAGCUGUUGGGUUUUUGCCUUAUGUUGGAUGGGUGACUAUUAUCAUGUCAGAGAAGCCUAUCAUCAAGUAUAUACUAAUUGGUGCAUUGGGUUUGCUCGUUAUAACAUCCAAAGACUGAGACAAACAUAAAGAUAAGCAUGUCUGUGGUCAGGGAAGUGGCUUCUGCAACUGCAACCCCUCAUUAGUCAUGUUCUUGAGAACAUAUCAGAUAUUAUAAUUGAACUACAGAUUCUUACAAACCAGAUUUUAUAAUUUAUACAAUUUUUUGCCUUAAGUCAGCAAUGUUUUCGUGACAAUUUCUUUAACAGCAUUGUCUGUGACUUCCUUCCCACUCAAGCGGAUAGAUUGAGUUCUGAAGGGAUGCACUGAUUUAUUCAA